UGAGGGUGAAGGCAAGCGAAAUGGCCAACAAGGACUGUGUGAAAGUGGCAGUCCGAGUGAGGCCCUUCAAUAAGAGGGAGCGUGAUGCAGGCAGUCGCUGCAUUAUCUCUAUGACCUCCAACAGUAUCAGCAUUCAAGAUCCUCGUAACUCACAGAACAGCCGCACUUUCACUUUCGACUACACCUACUGGUCUCACAGUGGCUUCAGUAGAAACAAAGACGGUCUGUUUGUUCCUGAAGAGACAGGUGGGCGCUACGCUGACCAGGCGAGUGUGUUUCUGGAUUUGGGGCAAGGCAUUUUGGAUAAUGCACUGCAGGGCUACAAUGCCACAUUGCUGGCAUAUGGGCAGACUGGCUCAGGGAAGAGUUACUCCAUGGUCGGUUAUGGUCCUAAUAAAGGCCUGAUCCCCACCCUCUGUCAGAGACUAUUCCAGUCUAUCAGGAACAUGCAGGAGAGCAGACAGUGCCAGGUGUUUUUCAGCAUGCUGGAAAUCUACAAUGAACAGGUUGUAGACCUGCUGUCGAAGAGCAGUCGGUCUGCGGGUGGCCUGCGGGUGCGAGAGGACCAGCAGAGGGGCUUCUAUGUGGAGGGUUUGAGGCGAGUGCCAUGUGACAGUGCGCUGCAGGUGGAGCAGCUGAUGGAGCAGGGCACACGAACGCGCACCACUGCAGCCACACACAUCAACAACAGCAGCAGCCGCUCACACAUGCUCAUCAUCGUCCAGCUCAAACAGAUCUUCUCGAAGGAGUGCAUCACCAAACAGUCUAAUAUUUACCUAGUGGACUUGGCUGGUAGUGAGAGGCAAAGGUCAUCGGGAUCAGAGGGCGACAGGUUGAAAGAGGGCACUGCCAUCAACCUCAGCUUAACUACCCUUGGAAAUGUCAUCAGUGCUCUAGCAGAUAUGGCUCUUGGGAAGAAAAUAUACAUCCCAUACAGAGACUCUGUCCUCACUAAACUCCUGCAGUCUGCUCUUGGUGGAAACAGUCGAACCGUCAUGAUUGCAACCUUAAGCCCUGCAGAUAUUUGCUAUGAAGAGUCUCUUUCUACUCUUCGAUAUGCAGAAAGGGCAAAAAAGAUCCAGAAUAAAGCUGUGGUGAAUGAGAGUCCCACUGAGCGACUGGUGAAGGAGCUCAAAGCAGAGAAUGCUAAACUGCUGUUAAGACUGAGCCGACUGGGUCAAGAAGGCCGUAAAGCAGACGAUGAGAGCAAGGAGCUGCGGCGAUUGCUGACUCAUAAUGAGCUGCAGAUUCGAGCCAUUCAGACUUUGUGGGAGCAACAUCUGCAGGAGGCUCUGAAAGACUGGGAGACUCAGUAUGCCACUAUAACACAGGAACGAAGGAUGAUGCAGAUGCAUCCGUACAUUAUGAACGUCAAUGAGGAUGCUCAGUUAUCUAGUGUAGUAAAGCUCUUCAUUCAGGAAGGUGAAUGGGAUAUUGGUUUAGCAGACAACUCACCCAGAGCACUCUCAAUCAGAGGUCUAGGCAUUCAGGAGAAACAUGCUGUGUUUUCCAACCAGCAGAGAAGAGUCUCCAUUACUCCUGUGUCCGCAGCCAAGGUCAUUGUAAAUGGACUGCAAGUAUCUAAAAGGACAGAGCUGCAGCAUUUGGAUCGACUCGUCCUGGGUUCGAACAGCACAUAUCUAUUCAUUGGCUUCCCUUCAGAGCGUUCGGCAGAGGACUGGAACCGAUAUGACUAUGAUUACUUCCAGUCUGAGCUGGCAGCGGCCGAGGGUUUCCACUUCCAAUCUCUGUCCCCUGGGCCACACCAACCGGACCCCAGUCUACUGGCUGUAUUUUAUGACUAUAUAAAACUGAUGCCCAUGGUGACAGAAGCUAAUCAAAUGAGUACAGAGUUAAAGAAGGGAGUCGAAUUCAAAUUGGAAAUCAAGAAUCUGGCGAUGUCGGACUCUAAGGGUCAUGACCUGGAGAAGGACAUCGCUGUGAAAGUGACAUCUGUAGAGAGCAAACAGGUGUGGAUGUGGUCCAAAGCUAAAUUUGUCAACCGUAAGUUUCUGAUGGAGGAAGUGUACCAGCAGCAGGUGGCAGGAGGAGAGGGUGCAGACCGAGCCCCUCUUCCCAGAGACAGAGACCCUUUCUGGGACCCCCUGGAGCCUCUGCACCUGGGCAGUGCUCACCUGUGGCUGCAGUCGCUAGCGUUUCGCAUCCCUCUGGAGGAGCAGGUGGAAGUGGUGGGUCCGGAGGGAACAGAAGAGGCCAUACUGCAGGCGCAGCUUGUGCCCUGCAGCCCCACAGGAUUAGCUCUUGGUGAAGACGACAUCUUGAUUGACCCGUCAGAGCUGCUUGGCAAACGGCUGGACUUUCAGCUGGUUUUGGAUCAGUGCUGUGGAUUACACUGGGUUAAAGAGGCUCGUAACAGAGGCGUGCAAAUAGGGUUUCAGGUGUUUGACUGCCCGCAGCCGCUUUACACUCCAGCAGUUUGGCACAAUGUGAAUCCGCUUUUGGAUCAUAGAGUCCAGUUCACUGCUCUGAGAACCUCUCAGGAUCUGCUCAACUAUCUGCAGAGCAAUGCCCUGGUGCUGGAGCUCUGGGGCCUGCAGGAAGGAUGCUCUGAAUUGCUCUCCAAUAUGGACGGAGUGAAGAUGACUCAAGAAGACAGCGUUAUUAUUGACAAGAUCAGUGCAUCAGAACACUUGACUGCAGAAACAGGAAGCUCUGACCUCAGCUCAUCUCUCCGAGCCCUUCAUCAGGACUUGGAUAAGCUGAGAAAUGCAAACGCAGCACUGAAGAAAGAAAACAGCACUUUGAGAGAACAACUCAACUCAUCCAGAAAUGGUGUGGAGAAUAACCGCGGUCGACAGGAACGCAGAGGCAGUCUGAGGCCAAGCUGUGAUGCUGAGUUUGCAAAAGCCUUAAAAGUUUUCUACCACAGCAUGACCUCUGUAAGGGGGCAACUUCAACGCCUGCGCAGACACAAACCCAGUGAGGAAGAAGACCUGUUGGGUCUCAGGCUGUUUGUGGAUGAACAUACCUUUCUCCUGAAGGACUUUUCUGAACAGUUGGAACAGUGCGUCACCACUCUCAAACAUGAUGUGGCUGCUAUUGUCCGUCGAAAGAGAGAAAAGUCUGGAGUUUGGUCCUGAAACACCUAUUAAAUCAAUCAUCCUGCAUUACUUACAAGACAAACAAUGUGGUCAGAAUUCUACAUUUAUACAGCCUAAAGAGCGCACUUGCAAUUGGACACUACUUAAUAAUUUUGAAAUGACUAA